AGGGAGGAGUGCUUGCUGCGGAUCCUCGAACUCAGUGAGUUGCCAUCUACUCGGACAGCAGUAGCCUCCUGAACAUAUGACACAAGCUUUGGCAUGAUGAAAACUCCUCCCUCUGCAUCCCUGCGGGUCAAGCGCAAAAAUGUCCGUCAGAUGAGAAAGCAUUUCUGCCUAAGCAGAGCGAAUAGUCAGGACUCUGAAAGUUCCCUGUGGAAGAUCCAGUCCGGUCAACGUGACCCGUAUUUUACCAAAAUGCCUGCAACGGUCAUCCAGCGGCAGGAAAUGGCUUCGUACUUGCGUCUUUUUGAUGAUGACCUGAUCCAAGACUUUCUCCGGAUGGACUGCUGCUACAAAAUGACUGACAAGUACCUUAUAGCCAUGACCUUUGUGUACUUCAAACGGGCCCACUUCUCUAUUGCUGAAUACACCAGAAAGAAUUUUUUCAUGGCCCUCUAUCUUGCCAACACCAUGGAAGAGGAUGAGGAGGAAAGCAAGUAUGAAAUUUUCCCAUGGGCUCUGGGAAAGAACUGGAGGAGACAGUUUCCACGUUUCCUUAAGCAGCGAGAUGAGUUAUGGGCUCGCAUCUGUUACCGAGCUGCUGUCAGUAAGAGCUGCUGUGAGGAGGUAAUGGCCAUUGUGCCUUCUCACUUUGUGUGGCAGCGGCAGCGUUCCGAUCAUCACAGUGGCGCCCUGAGACAGUACAACACACAAGGCCCUACUCGUUUUCCGCGCGGCCCAUCCGCCUCCCCCGUUUCCUGUGCCCUUUGCAAUUGCGGCAGCAGGUUGCAUCGCAUCUCCUCCAGCCAACCAUCUGCACAGACCACAAGCUACCUGAACCCGUUUGCUCCUGCCUUUACAUUCGAGCUGACGCCACCCAAAGCCUCCAACAGGGCGGCAGAGAAGGAUAAAGACGAGGCACCGAAAUUGUGCUGCUUCUGUCCUGAAAAGCUUCCAAGGGAGACUUCUUCCUGCGACUCUUCCUGUGACCCCUUCAUAGACUGGAUCAGCGAGAUGUAAAACCCAAAGCUAAACUCGGCUGUUCCACCUUGUUCCUCUUUGAACCAACUGAACUGUUCUGUGCAAUAAUCCUUUGUUUAUCUAAAACUUUGAAGGUCAGAGUCUUCCAGUUAGUGGUAACCUGAAACAAACAUAAUAAACUACGCUUAUUCAACGCACAUAAAUAUGAAAUAAGUUGUACACAAGCUAAGAUUGUUCCAGCUACAGAUUUCUCUACAUAUUUAUCUACAGUAUUUAUUUAACUUAUUUGUAAAUGAGAUGUUUUGCAACAUUUCAACCCUGGGAUGCAUGUUGGAUUGAGUGGGGGAAUCUUGUGGGUAUUUUUUUUUUCCAGUUGUGACUUUUUGAUGAGCCAAUGCCUGUGAGUUUAAGAAUACAAAGGCUGAACUUAAAUUUGUCUCAUUGUUUUUUACUGGGCUCAGGUGCCAAUAUGACAGCUGUUUUAUACUUAGCUAAAACAUCUUUGUUACCGAGAUACCUACACACAGGCUAGAAAAUGUUGGAAUCUGAGUUUAGUAUGUUACAGAUCUGGAUAGGAUUGGAAAAAGACAAUUGAUUCAAGUCUUGUUCAUGAGUGUAUUAUCAACAUGAUUUGUAACACAAUUUCUAAAAGUAUUUCUAUCACCUGUGAGUUUUCAUGCUGUCUCUUUAACCAAAUAUGCACAUAAAAGUUGCAUCCUCGUCAAUCAGUCCUUCCAUCCAUCUCAGUCUGGCUGUAUACCAAUAUGCCUAGUCAUCCAUGCAUCUGCCAAUAUAUCAAUUGAUCAAUUGGUUCUGCUAUUUUCUCCCAUCAGUCAUCCAUCAGUUUCACUAUUCACCCAGUUGUCCAUUCUUUCAUUUGUUUGUCCAUCCAUCAUUUUGUGGAUCCUCCAUCUGUUUUUCCAUUCAUCUGUCCAUCCAAACCAUCCAUCAC